AUGGCAUUUUCUUGUAUAGCUGUUAUAAAUUCAAACUUGAAUCUUUCAAUCAGGUACAAAUAUGAAAAUAACAUAGUGAUGGAUGUUUCCACUUCUGAUGGGAGCUCUCCUCUACAGUAUCAACUUUAUGGCAAUGGAAAGAUUGGAGUUGAUGUGCCUCCAGGAGGAAGUCAAAAUCAGCUUCUUGAGAGACAGAAAGCUCAUGUUCAGCAAUUUUUGGCUACCGAAGAUGCAUUAAACAAGGCUGCUGAGGCAAAGGACUUGUCCGAGAAACUUAUGAAACGUCUGUAUGGUGGCACUGAUGUUCCAUCACGCUCAAUUGGUAUUGGAAGCACGUCUCAGAAUGUUGGAAGUCUUAGGCAACUUGAGCUUGAUGUUUGGGCCAAGGAAAGAGAAGUUGCUGGUUUAAAGGCAAGCCUAAAUACCCUGAUGUCUGAAAUACAACGCCUGAAUAAGUUGUGCGCUGAGAGGAAGGAAGCUGAAGAUUCUCUGAAAAAAAAGUGGAAAAAGAUCGAAGAGUUUGAUGCUCGAAGAUCAGAACUUGAGACCAUAUAUACAGCAUUACUUAACGCAAAUAAGGAUGCUGCAUUGUUUUGGGGUCAGCAACCAUUAACUGCUAGGGAGUAUGCUGCAAGCACUAUAAUUCCAGCAUGUGCUGUUGUUGUUGAGACUUCAAAUAGUGCAAAAGAUCUUAUUGAGAAGGAAGUGUCUACCUUUUGUCGGUGUCCUGAUAAUAGCCUCUACAUGCUUCCUUCUUCCCCACAGGCACUGCUAGAAGCCAUGGGGGCCAGUGGAUCAUCAGGGCAGGAAGCAAUUGCAAAUGCAGAAAUGAAUGCAGCAAUUUUAACAGCAAGAGCAGGUGCUCGGGAUCCAUCAGCGAUUCCAUCUAUAUGCUGUGUUUCAGCUACCCUUCAGUAUCCAGCUGGCCUGGAGGGUUCAGAUGCUGGUCUAGCAUCUGUGUUGGAGUCCCUGGAGUUCUGUCUGAAACUUCGUGGCUCUGAAGCUUGUGUGUUGGAAGAUUUAUUAAAGGCUAUUAAUCUUGUUCACAUUAGAAGGGAUCUUGUUCAAAGUGGUCAUGCUUUGUUAAACCAUGCUUAUUGUGUUCAACAGGAAUAUGAAAGGACAAAAAAUUAUUCGAGUUUGGCUGCAGAACAAGACAAGACCGUUAUGGAGAAAUGGUUGCCUGAACUUAAGGCUGGUGUUUUGAAUGCUCAGCAGAGCUUGGAAGCUUGUAAAUAUGUCAGGGGUUUGCUUGAUGAAUGGUGGGAGCAACCAGCAUCGACGGUUGUUGACUGGGUGACAGUGGAUGGGCAAAAUGUAGCUGCAUGGCAUAAUCACGUUAAGCAGCUUCUUGCAUUUUAUGAUAGAGGAGCAUCAUGAGUAACAUGAAUGAGCACCCUUAAGGCAUGAACUUUCUGAGGAUUCCCAUUUGUCUAAACACUUCCCACUUUGUUGUCGCCAUUGAAGACUUCAUAUCCUCCAGCCUCAGCUUCGCAUGCCGUGACUGGGAAUACCUUUUCUGGUAAACUUACCUUGAGAUGGAAAUGGGACUGCUCUAUGUUUCUUGAUUGACAAGAGACCACAGGCACAAGAACCUCAUCCCUACUUCCCUUGCCCACUUUAUAUCCAGAAGUGUGAUUUUGGUUGGUUUUGGAGUUUAGGUGGUGGUUUUGAUUGUUCUUUUCACUGAAUGUGAUUAACAGCUAGCGGCAAAUGGCAAUGCAAUGUUUUAUUUUAGAGGUUGUAAUUUAAUUUGUUUGUUUAGCCAAUUGAGGUUGAAGGCAUUUUCAGCUCCAUUUACUUUAUAUAUUGUUUAAGU